CUCCCCCACCCCCUGAAACUUUCAAGUCAAAACCUUUGCCGAAGCCCUCCUCCAUGGCCCAAGCGCCUCAAAUACACUUAACACAAAGCCCCAGUCACAACAAUCAGUUUGCAUGGAUGAAUCUACAGCAACGAAGUCCAUCCUGGAAAUGGGAGAAGAAAUGGAGGAUUCUAGCUGGCUCUGCAAUUGCGCGACUGGCGAGGUUCAUACACCCAACCUUAUCCCUGGCUUACAACAAAAAUUUUGGGAAAAUGGCUUCUCAGACAUCACGACAGUGCCCAUGGGUGGCAACAAAAUCCUCUUGAAAUGUGACGAUGAGGAUUCAAUAAACCACUUUAUCUUAAAAGAAGAAAACUAGUGGGGUAAAUGGUUUAAAAGGAUUAAGCUGUGGAGCCCAUCAGAUGUAGCAGAAGAAAGACUUGCUUGGAUUCGAGUCACGAGCCUCCCUUUGCAUGUUUGGAACCAAAGAAGCUUUGAAAAAAUUGGAAAUUUCUUGGGUAGCUUCGUCAUGGUGGAUCAAUUUACUAUUAAUAAAAAAUGCUUGGAUGC